AUCAACAACAACGCUCCGUUUCCAAAUGAUUGUGUUUAAAUUAAGUGUAAUAAGUUAAGCAGAAAACACACGUUGUUCCAAAUUGUGCUCCAAUGUUUUGGAAAUGGCUGGAGGACAACUUCAAGUACCGGCGAAAGUGCGCGAUCGUGUUUGGCCGGAGGCGCCGUAACUCGGUGCUGGAAGUGAGCGGAAGUCAGAAGAUCACCCAGCAGCAGUACCGUGCCCUGCUGGCCUGCAUCGAUUAUCUGGAGCAACACAUUGGCGUUUACGGGCUGUUUGUGACCGGCGGUAGCGUAACGCACGUGAAAAGAAUAUUCGACAAGCUGAAAGCUGGCUGUCCACUGUUGCUGGAUUACCUGCGCUCGGCCCAUGCCCCGCGGGAAUGUGCGAUGGCUUUCCAUCAGUUCCUUUCGCUGUAUCAGGUGCAAGUGCUUCCUCAGCGUUGUGUCGAUGUCGUGCUGGGGGAUGUGGCCGGCGUACCGAAGCGGCUGAUCGCACUCGACGUGCUGAACCUGCUGCACGAAGAGUACGACGAUACGCGCCUUCACUUUGCCAAGCGCUAUCUGCAGCUGAUGCGCCGCUACACCCUGUACGGCUAUCUGCGGCCGACGGAAGUGCACGCCGUCAUCACACCGUACCUGGUGGUGCCGAAAAUAUUCCGCGGCCCCGAUCUGCGCACCAACAUGCAGGCGAAAUCGAUGACGCUGUUGGAGCUGCUUCUGCUAGCACAGCUGCUGGACGAUCCGUCGGCACUGUCGGAACAGCUACAGCAGGCUUGUGCCGCGUAUUGGCAAUCGAACUGAAGGUACAACGUUUCGAGGGGACUGGAAUGAUAAAAACAACCCGCCAUAUGGUGGCCGUUUUUGCUAGUAUGUUCGUUACUUGCGUCGAUCAUUACCACAUACAUGUAAACAGAAGAAGCCGAUGCGAAGUGUCUUGCAGCGGGUAAGGGUGGCCUUGCCGUUAUCAGAUUUCGUUUGAAGUGCGUAUCUAUUGGACAGAUUUAAUUAGCUAUCAACCGGUACAAAUCUUUCGAUAGCAGAAAC